AAAUUAUUUCUAAAACAUGGGUCUAUUACAAUCAGUAUUUUGUUCCAUGACAUUUUGUGUUGAAAGAGUAUUGACGUGGACUUGCUGUGCCUUCGUAUUGAUGCUCAUGAUGUUUACUAUUGUUUUAUUGAUGGUUUAUGGCAUAUCGGUCGGUUAUCACUACGCACAGAAAGAACUGGCUUCGUUUGCAAUGUCUUCGAGGACCACGACAGAAGAGUCGAUGGUGAGGGCUGGGCCAAAGAACUCGGUUGUUCGACUUUUGGCCGUAAACCGAUCGGAGGUCGACAAUGCGCCAGAACCAUUGCUUGAGGUUUACAAAACUCAGAAACCGGUUGAGAAAUUAUUCCUGGAUCCGACUGAAACGCCCAUCGUUGUUCUUGAAACUGAAAACCCACCUGAAGAGCCAAAGCUGUCUCCUCAAGAAAAGGAAAUAGCGCGCAGACUUAUCGGAAGGUUCCGGCGCUCCAGGAAUACCACAACCACAAGCACCCUCCAACCUUUUUUCAGAGCACUGAAGAAUACUACCACACUACUCUUGCAAACAUAGCUUUUUA